UGAAUUUAUUCGUUCAAGUGUUCCUGAGGAACCUUACAAUUUUUAUAAGUGUGCCAAUGUGUUACCUCUCGGACAGAAAACAUUUGGCAGCAAAUUAGCAGGAAAUCAGCUUAAUUAUACAAACAAUUCCUACUAUAACACAACUGUUUACAGUAGCUAUCAGAAAAGAGCUAAACAAUACCUGCAAUACUGUAAUUAUAAAACAGGGGAGAUAAAUCUCUGCCAGGUGACAUCCAAGCUGCAAAUGUUACUGCUUCAAGAAAAACAAGACUCUCCAGAACUCAGUAUGGGAGCGCUGGGACAGACACCUGUCAUGGGUGUCUCCACCUCCCCCACUCAAGGGAUGAGUACAUAUUGUGCCAUAUGUGGAGACAGGGCCACCGGCAAACAUUAUGGGGCCUCAAGUUGUGAUGGCUGUAAGGGAUUCUUUCGUCGUAGCGUCAGAAAGAACCAUGUUUAUUCCUGUAGAUUUAGUCGGAAUUGUGUUGUAGACAAAGAUAAAAGAAAUCAGUGUCGUUACUGCAGAUUACGUAAAUGUUUCAGAGCAGGAAUGAAAAAAGAAGCUGUACAGAAUGAGCGAGACAGAAUCAGUGUUAGAAGAACCAGUUACGAAGAUACCAGUCAAAACAAUUCACUCUCUGUCAGUACUUUGUUAAAUGCUGAAAUUCUCUCCAGACAGAUCUCGUCUCCCGUUGGACAGUGUGACCUGACACACAAGGUUAUAGCGACUGCCGAUGAUGUUUGUGAAUCUAUUAAACAACAAUUACUUGUUCUUGUAGAAUGGGCAAAAUAUAUACCAUGUUUUUGUGAACUGCCAUUGGAUGAUCAGGUUGCCUUGUUGAGAGCCCAUGCUGGAGAACAUUUGGUUCUGGGUGUUGCCAGACGUUCCAUGGCCGUCAAGGAUGUAUUAUUACUGGGAAAUGACGGGAUAAUUCCACGGAAUGCAACAGAUAUGGAGAUGGGAACAAUUGCAGCCCGAGUUCUAGACGAGUUAGUUGCAGCAUUUAGAGACAUACAGAUAGAUGAUACAGAGUUUGCCUGUAUUAAAGCUAUUGUCUUCUUUGAUCCUGAAGCUAAAGGUCUGACAGAUCCACAAAAAAUCAAAAGUUUUCGUUACCAAGUACAAGUAAAUCUUGAAGAUUAUAUCAACGAUCGUCAGUAUGACUCUAGAGGCAGAUUUGGGGAGAUUUUAUUACUGCUGCCCGCCUUACAGAGUAUCACAUGGCAAAUGAUUGAACAGAUACAGUUCGCCAAAUUAUUUGGAAUGGCGAGGAUUGAUAGUCUACUGCAAGAAAUGUUAUUAGGUGGUGCAGCUCCGACAGAUAUGUUAACCAAUCCAUCUGUACCAGUGUCGUUAACAUCACAAAUGGGUAACAGUUUUGGGGACCAGUUUGCCAAUCCGUCAGAUGUCAUGUCAGUUUCUCAUGCACAUGGAAUUAACAUGUCACCACAACAUAGUCAUGGGUCACCACUUGGAUCGAGUCCAAUCCAUCUGAGUGGAAUGCCACCAUUGGCUAACACACCAACACCCCCACUAUGCACAACAGAUCAGUUUUUGAGUGGACAUUCUGUGAUGAGUUCCUUAGACUCUUCGUUACAUCUUACGAAUGGACUAAUUGACACACCCGUGUCAUCCCCGUCUUUACCUAAUUGUGAUUCAUACAAAAAAUCAUUGACUCCACAACAGAGGUUUAAACAAGAAUCCAUGUAAAUUAUCUCUCAAAUUUAUGUUUGUAAACAAAAAAUUAUGUUUUGAUUUAUUUUUUUAACUCUUAAUUGUUAUUUGUGUGUUUUGUUUUUAUAUUUUUAAGAAUUAUUAUGUUGAAUACAGUUGAAUACUUAACAAAUUUGCUAGUGAAAUACAUUAAUUUACAAAUUAUAAAGGAUAAUUCAAAAUAUUUGUUAUUUUUUAUUUUAUAAUUUACAAGAAGAUAUGAAAUAUAGUCCUUUUUUUCGUUUCUUUCCUUGAAGCAUGUACAAUGUAAUUGUAAAACAUUUUUGAUGAGUUAACAUUUGGAUGUAGUGCAAGUUGCUUAGUUUUGUUAUUAAAAUUAAUUGUAAAUUAUUUUUGUCAAAUUAUAAUUGGACAAUCAUACAUAAAAUAAGAUUUUGUCAAAUGUUUUGUAUUAGGAUUGAUUUUGAUGAAUCACUACUGAAUCAGCGUCUAGUCUUAGUUGAGAUUUUGUUGCAUGAACCUGGCAUCAAAAUGGUGCUUUUGAAAAAUAAUGUUGAUUAUUGAAUAACUGAAAUAAAUGACUUUUAUUUAUCAUUCUUUAGAGAAAUCUCAUUCAUACUGUAAAGUUCAUAAAUAUUAACUUCAUUCCUCAUAGAUGUUAAACAGAUAUUCACAAUGCAAAUAUAUAGUAACGUUGACAGCUGUACAUAUAAGAUCUAGGUUUAUGUAAAUAUUUAUACUUGUUAAAAUGAAAUUUUAAUUAUUUUAUGCCAAUGAAAAUUAAGUUAUGUUUCCUGCCUGCCUAUAUAUCCAAAAAAUUCUAAGCCUACCCUAAUUAUUUUAUGAAAAAUAUUUGGUGAAUUGCUGUCGAAAAUGCAGAAGGCAGGAAACAUGUUUAAAUUUUUGUAUUGCUUUAUGAUUUAGUGAUUUGAUCCUCUUUAAAUUCUGCUCCUUAUUCAGGAUUUUAUUUGUUUAGCUUACUAAGUAAGCUGUAUGGAGUGUGACAUUGUACUUUAAUUUAACUUUCACAUGUAGAACAUUUUUUGAAAUUAUAAUUUCAUUUUGCCCAUGUAAAUCUGUUCUUUUUUUUUUUUUUUCAUCCAAGGGACCACAAAUGUCUGAUGAGGUACAUUAAUGUAAAAGACUGUCGCCAUGUAUUUACAGAAUUGACCAAGCUUCACAUUGAUGCUAUAAAGCUUUUUUUCAGCAAUCCUUCGCAUGAAUUUUGUAGCAUUUUGAAUGUCUAAUGCAUGAUGUUUCAUUUAAAAUCCUUUGUUUUGUGUGAUACAGUGAUGUAGAAAUAUUGACAUGCAACUAUAAAAAAGUGCCAUAUUUUUGUAAUAAAGAUAAUAGUGCAUUUGAUGUACUUCUUUAAAUGUAUUAUUGUAGCGACCAGAAGAGUGGAAACACAUGACAUUACUUAAAGAAAUCACAAUAUCCAUUUACAGUUGUCCUGAUAACCUAUUCAUCUCAGAGGCAGAUUGAGCAGGGGGAGGGGGCAGGGUUAAUCUGUUCAUCUCAGAGGCAGAUUGAGGAGUGGGAGGGGUGCAGGGUUAAUUUUGAUUUCUCCAUCCUUGACUGUGUCUGAUCGUUUUCAUUUCUGACUAUAAGUGAUGAUGUAGUUAUUUUCAUUCAGUGUGCUUGUCCUAAUUUAUUUAAAAUACUUUUAUUAUGCACAAAAUGAUUUACUGUUGGGACUAGAAAAAUUAUCUCCCCUGAAUUGAAAACAAUUUAUUAGCAAAAUUAUCUCCCCUUGCCAAAUAACAGUUUCUUUGAUUCGUGUUAUUGCUAUCUUUCUGGUGGAAAACUUAAAUCAUCCUUAGGAAUGAAAUUAUCACUUCAAACCAUAGCCAUCAGUUAUCUAAACACAUUCAGUUAGAUUGUCUGUUUUACAAUGUCUAUCUAUUGAGGUAAGGGUCCUCUGUGGCCAAGUGGUUGUAGUUCAUUUAAUGUGAUCACUAGUCUGACAACACUGUGGUUGUGAGUUUGAAUCCAGAUUGUGGCAGGUGAACUUGACGAGGAUCUUGUUUUAAUAGGAUUGCCACUUUUCAGCAGAAGGUUGUGGUUCUCUCAUGGUGUUCUAGCUUCCACUUCCAAUAAAAGCUGACCACAGUGAUAUACCUAAGAAUGCUAUGAGUGGCAUUACAUACCAACAACCAAUCAACCAAUACAAAGAUAAUUUACAUAUAUGACAGUGAUUUUCAGAUAGACAUGCAAAUUGGUACAUAUAUAAUGGUGAAAUAUUUGGAAUUUUAUUCUCCUGCUUGUCCUGCGUUUAAGCCAUGGCUUUGUCAGUUUAUUUUCGAUCCAUGAGUUUGAAUGUCCCUCUGGUAUCUUUCACCUUCUUUUAAGUGACUGAUUUGAAAAUAUUGACGGCCAGGGUGAUUUAUUUUAGACAUGACAUUGCAACAUUAUAAUUGUAAGCAUACAGAGAUAGGUAAAUUAAGUAGAAGAAAUUACAAAUUUAGUCCUUAGUUUAUUUUUGCUUUCUAGAGAUACAAAAAUAGUACAAACUGCCAGCUGCCUAUUGUUUUGUGCUGUAUAUAGCCAUGGUAUGAAACAUACUACAGAUUUCAUAUAAUUUUUUAAUGCAAUUAUUUAAUUCUACAAUGAGGAUAAUAAUAUGACAAAAAUCAAUUCUAUAAAAAUUUUGUUUUAUAUUUUGGAAUUUCCCCUAAAACAUGACAUCCCCCCUUUUUCCCAUGAAAUGAAAAAAAAAAAGCUUUGUAAUUUUCAUAGUCUACAUGUAAAGUAUGUAAGACUUGUAGUUCUGAUAUUCUAAAACCACUCACACAAAGAUGUUUUUGUAUAUUGUAAAGACAGCAGCCAGACACCACAAAAAAUAUAAGUUUGUCACCACAAGGUUUUCAACUUGUCUGAAUAUCAUUUCAAUUAUCCAAUUAUAGGAAAGUUUCAAAUAAAAAUGCUAAAGAUCUAACACAUACACUACUCUCUGUCAUUUAAAGUCAUAUUAUUAUCCUCUUCCAAACCAAUCAAUGCAAUUGUUACAAGUAAUCAGGGAUUUAUUACAUGUAUACUGUUAUCACUACUUUCAUCAUCAUCUUUGCUUUUGUUUAGUCUAGAAGCACAUAUAUUUUUAAAGUGUUGAAGUCAUAUGAAAAAUCAAAUCAUCAUUAUUAGAAAGAAAAGUUCAGAUCAGUAUUGGAAAAUAUUGGUUAUGUUUCUUAAAAGUUUUCAUAUAUAUGGGAAUAAAAGGAGCAUCUCAAUUUCUGUAUCUUAAAAGUGACAAAGCAUUUAGGACAAAUUUUAAGAAAUAAAAGUGAUUUUAACAACUUUUCUUCAGAUCAUGAAUGCAAAAAGGGAUAAUACAUUAACUUGUCCUCCCUAUGAAUUUACAGUAUAAAGGGUCAAUUAGGUCAAACAUACUUCAUCAAGGUCUACUUUCAGUUUAGAGAUGCUUUGUUUUAUUUUCCUAUAUUCAUUUUGUUCUAAAUUAAACUGUUAUAUGCCCAUAAUCUGUUAUGCUUAUGUUACUUUUAAAACAUGCUUUCUAAAUUAAAAUGCAAAUUUUGCCUUUCUCUUGCCACAAUCCGUCUCUUGCUUGGCAUAAGUGUUUUGAACAACUAGAAAGUUUAGUAAUGCAAGCUCCUUUGAACUUUUAUUUUCUAAAACUGUUUUUGCCUUACAUACUAUAAAGAUCUUUUUGCUUUCUUGCUAUGGUUAACAAAUUAGAUAAAAGAUAAAAAGGUGUGUUUGUAGUGGCUCCACAGAGAGUUAUCAUAAAAAUGUGUGAUAAAGCUUGUAAGUGCGGCCUUAUAUAGCUAUUAAUUAUAAGAAUUGUUACAGAAUUCAAGACUGAAAGUCUUGGUUUAUAGAACUUUAGUUUUUUGUAUUAAUAUUUAAAAGAUUUUAUUUUUACGAGCACUUCAUUGAAUGUUACAUUUUUUGUUACUUGUAGAUAAAAUUAUGACAAUAAAAAAAAUAUAAUUUU